GGGGCGCGGCCAUCGGCGAGACUGUGCGCCUCCCUUGGGACCAUGAGGAGCUCGCACCCGCCGCUCUUGGUCGCCCCUCGGCCUAGCCAGACGUGCAAACAACGCAUCUGCACCCGCUAAGCCAUGGACUCCCCCCUGCCUGCUCCCCAGCCGCGGGCGCACGCCGAGAAGGAGCUUCGGAAGCACAUGCCGCCCCUGCAGACAGCGGCUGUUGACCACAGAAGCACAGCACAACCGCGUCGCCAGGCUCCCUUCACGCCUCCCACCGCCGACAUGCUGCCGGACGAGGCAAAGGCCAAGCCGCCCGCCUCGCCCGCCGCCCACCAGCGCUUCGUCCUGACCGACUUCGUGGCCGCCCGCUACCUCGAGGAGGACUCUGCCACUGCAUGCCACGUCCUCGCCCGCCGCCAGAAAAUCGAGGGCUAUGAGAUAUACCUGGUCGAGCAAUGGGCCUGCUCCCGCACCCACCCUACCUUUCUCAUCACCACGUAUACGGGCAAUCCCCACGACACCGUCUUGGCCACGAUUCUCAGCGUGCCCAGGAACGAGGACGAGUGGUCGCCGCAGAUGCGCCUGUACUUCAACUCGCUGACCGACUACCAUGCCCAGAGAAAGGAAACUCCCUAUGGCACUCUGAUGGUCACCAAUCUCAGCGGCUUCCCUUCUUCGCUGACGGUCAUCCCCAUCCCUGGAGGCGACGUGAAAAAGUACCGCGAGGCCUUUCUUGUCAACGAGAACCUCAAGCGACUGGGCUGCUCUGGCCGCCUCGGCAUCCAGCUCACACCGCCCAGUGGUGCCACGCAGGCCAAGUUUGAGCAGCUGUACCGCACAAGCGACAAGAUUCCCUUCAAUGCUUCCGUCAUUGAGCUAGUCAAGCUAUGCCAGGUUGCGCUCGUCUUGUUUGGAAAGCUGGAGCCAGAAUAUGCCGAUGGGCUGCUGUGCGACGUGACAGAAAAAGCCAUCGGCGACUGGUGGAUAGAAUUUGGGUCCGAGUACUACACGGUAGAGCCUCAUGACGGCAUUCUUGGUCCAACCACUGUCGCCGCCCUGCUGGGCAUGUUGAUGGGGGCCCGCAACAGACUGAGCGCGUGCAACGUUGCAGUCGCAAAAGACGUCUUUGACAUUGAGGCUACCAAGCGUGGCAUUGCACAGUUUCAAAAAUCCCAUCACCUACCGAGAACCCGCCGCCUUGAUCGCCAUACGCUUGACAAGCUUCGAAGAGCUUCGGCAAAGGCAGCCAGCAAAGAAGGCUGGGCUGUUCCGCGAGCUUUCAAGUCUACGGUGGCUGAGCUGGGAGGCAAGGGUGGUGAGAUGGUCAUGGGCAUUGUGGGCGCUGGCCAGAAAGAUGGCAUUGCUGAAGUCGAGACCGUCGAUAUCGACCGCUUUGUCGAACUUGUUAGGGGUGAACAUGCAAAGUGGCUGUGGCAUGGAAAGCCUAGGAAAAAUGCAUCUGGCGACAGCAUGUUCGAUCGACUUCCUGGCGGAGAAUCGCGAUCGAGUUCGCCAGACAAGCACGACCACCACGGAUCCAAACUAACUCGCCAGGAAUCGGCACAGGAUCACGGAAUAACAAAACGUGACACUGCGUCUUCGGACAUGAAGAAAACAGAGGCUUUUACCCCAGAUGGCUUGGAGAAGGAUAACUUCAAGGAUCCUUCGUCGAAACGAGCUGCCAUCAAAGCCAAGCUAGAGUCUGGUGGUUUUCAUCACAUCAAAAACGCUGUCGGCCUUCGUACUCACGCCACCAAACUUUCCCGCGAGGAGCAUGGGCGUUAUGGGCUACAUCGCACAAAGAGUGGCGGUGCGCCCUACACUGAUUCACGAACAUCGAUUGACUAUGAGAGCCAAUCAGACGACCCGUAUUCACUGAUAUCACCCAAGAGCGUGGCUGGCGAAGAGCCGGCUUUUACCAAGGUCCUGACCGAGACCCCAGGUGAAUCUGUGACCUCACUCACUACGCACAAACAAGCCAAUGGCCGUCGGGCGUCAAACCUACACGCUUCGGUUGCCGAAAGCGACACAUCAGAGCAGCCCGAGCACCUUCGGACAGUAGCCAGUUCCAUUGCAGGCUCCAUUUACCACGGCAUAGACCUUGACAACAACUUUCCCGUCGAUGAAGCCAACGAAGUACCCCCUCUUCUACGCCGCACCCAAUCAGGCGAUCAAUUCGACCUGGACCAACCGCCUCGCAACCCAGAAUGGUGGCCCCGCCACCUCUCCUUCAGCGCAGCCGAAGAAUCCGUCCUCCGCUGGAUCCCCAUCAACGCCGGCUUAUUCGACGAAGACGCCAUCUCCGACGAAGCAGCCCCAUCUGUCACCACGCUCACCGCCCGCAACGCAGCCCAAAACAUGUAUUCCACACAGCUCAAACGCCUCCACAACCAGAUGCUGCAAGUCUCCACCAAACACCAAGACUGGGUCAACACGGGCCUCGCCCAAAUGACAGCCCUCUCCGAAGCCGUCGACACAGACAUAGAAACCCUAGAAGCUAUCUACUACCCCCGCCUCGACACAUACCACAGCCUCCGCGACGACACACACGCCACCGUCACCAACAACCGCGGCCAGCUCACCGCCAAUCUCCGCGAACUCGAGAAUAUCAGAGAUAAACUCGAGUAUGAAAUUAGUGCCCUCAAGGGCAAGGUCGACGAUGUUGAAGAUGUCGUUGCUGAAUUCGAGACUCAGGUCGAGUUUGUCGAGCGUAAGCUUGAGGAGCUGGAUUCUGUCCUUGAUGAGAAGGAGGGCUGGUGGAUGUGGAGUUGGAGAAUGCUGACGGGGCUUGGUGAGGCGCCGGGUUGA